AGAGCACACUCGCGCAGUGCCUGUGAGCGAGCACGGGCGAGACCUUCCCCAGGAGCGCAGGGAGCGGCGGCGACAACAUGCGCGGCAGCGGCACGGGAGCCGCGCUCCUGGUGCUCCUGGCCUCGGUGCUCUGGGUCACCGUGCGGAGCCAGCAGAGAGGCUUGUUCCCUGCCAUUCUCAACCUGGCCACCAAUGCCCACAUCAGCGCCAAUGCUACCUGUGGAGAGAAGGGGCCUGAGAUGUUCUGCAAACUCGUGGAGCACGUGCCGGGCCGGCCUGUUCGACAUGCCCAAUGCCGGGUCUGUGAUGGUAACAGUACGAAUCCUAGAGAGCGCCAUCCGAUAUCACAUGCAAUUGAUGGCACGAACAACUGGUGGCAGAGCCCCAGUAUUCAGAAUGGGAGAGAGUAUCACUGGGUCACUGUCACCCUGGACUUACGGCAGGUCUUUCAAGUUGCAUACAUCAUCAUUAAAGCUGCCAAUGCCCCUCGGCCUGGAAACUGGAUUUUGGAGCGCUCUGUGGAUGGCGUCAAGUUCAAACCCUGGCAGUACUAUGCCGUCAGCGAUACAGAGUGUUUGACCCGCUACAAAAUAACUCCACGGCGGGGACCUCCCACUUACAGAGCAGACAACGAAGUCAUCUGCACCUCGUAUUAUUCAAAGCUGGUGCCACUUGAACAUGGAGAGAUUCACACAUCACUCAUCAAUGGCAGACCCAGCGCUGACGACCCCUCACCCCAGUUGCUGGAAUUCACCUCAGCGCGGUACAUUCGCCUUCGUCUGCAGCGCAUCAGAACACUCAACGCAGACCUCAUGACCCUUAGCCAUCGGGACCUCAGAGACCUUGACCCUAUUGUCACAAGACGUUAUUACUAUUCGAUAAAAGACAUUUCCGUUGGAGGCAUGUGCAUUUGCUACGGCCAUGCUAGCAGCUGCCCAUGGGAUGAAGAAGCAAAGCAACUACAGUGUCAGUGUGAACACAAUACAUGUGGCGAGAGCUGCGACAGGUGCUGUCCUGGCUACCAUCAGCAGCCCUGGAGGCCUGGAACCAUUUCCUCCGGUAAUGAGUGUGAGGAAUGCAACUGUCACAACAAAGCCAAAGAUUGUUACUAUGACAGCAGUGUUGCAAAGGAGAGGAGAAGUCUUAAUACUGCCGGGCAGUACAGUGGAGGAGGGGUUUGUGUCAACUGCUCGCAGAAUACCACAGGGAUCAACUGUGAAACCUGUAUCGACCAGUAUUACAGACCUCACAAGGUAUCUCCUUAUGAUGACCACCCAUGCCGUCCCUGUGACUGUGACCCUGUGGGGUCUCUGAGUUCUGUCUGUAUCAAGGAUGACCGCCAUGCCGAUUUAGCCAAUGGAAAGUGGCCAGGUCAGUGUCCAUGUAGGAAAGGUUAUGCGGGAGAUAAAUGUGACCGCUGCCAGUUUGGCUACCGGGGUUUCCCAAAUUGCAUCCCCUGUGACUGCAGCACUGUCGGCAGCCUGAAUGAGGAUCCAUGCAUAGAGCCGUGUCUUUGUAAGAAAAAUGUUGAGGGUAAGAACUGUGAUCGUUGCAAGCCAGGAUUCUACAACUUGAAGGAACGAAACCCCGAGGGCUGCUCCGAGUGCUUCUGCUUCGGUGUCUCUGAUGUCUGUGACAGCCUCACGUGGUCCAUUAGUCAGGUGACCAAUAUGUCAGGGUGGCUGGUCACUGACUUGAUGAGCACAAAUAAGAUCCGGUCCCAGCAAGAGGUCCUGGGUGGGCACCGUCAGAUCAGCAUCAACAACACGGCGGUCAUGCAGAGGCUGACUUCUACUUACUACUGGGCAGCUCCUGAGGCCUACCUCGGAAACAAGCUGACAGCAUUUGGUGGUUUCCUGAAAUACACUGUGUCUUACGACAUUCCAGUGGAGACGGUGGACAGUGACCUCAUGUCUCAUGCUGACAUUAUCAUCAAGGGGAAUGGGCUCACCAUAAGCACAAGAGCUGAGGGCCUGUCCUUGCAACCCUAUGAGGAAUACUUCAACGUGGUUAGACUUGUGCCUGAGAACUUCCGGGACUUUAAUACCAGAAGGGAGAUUGACCGUGACCAGCUGAUGACUGUCCUAGCCAAUGUGACACAUCUCUUGAUCAGAGCCAAUUAUAAUUCUGCUAAAAUGGCACUCUAUAGGCUGGAUUCUGUCUCUCUGGACAUAGCAAACCCAAAUGCUAUAGACCUGGCAGUGGCUGCUGAUGUGGAACACUGUGAAUGUCCCCAAGGCUACACGGGGACCUCCUGUGAGGCCUGCCUCCCUGGCUAUUAUCGAGUGGAUGGGAUACUCUUUGGAGGAAUCUGUCAGCCCUGCGAGUGCCACGGGCAUGCAUCCGAGUGUGACAUUCAUGGAGUUUGCUCUGUGUGUACACACAACACCACGGGGGAUCACUGUGAUCAGUGCCUGCCUGGCUUCUAUGGGACACCUUCACGUGGGACCCCAGGAGACUGCCAGCCGUGUGCCUGCCCUCUCUCCAUUGACUCUAACAAUUUCAGCCCUACCUGCCACCUCACUGAUGGAGAGGAAGUGGUCUGUGACCAGUGUGCCCCGGGUUACUCAGGAUCCUGGUGUGAGAGAUGUGCAGAUGGUUACUAUGGAAACCCAACCGUGCCAGGGGGAACCUGUGUACCAUGCAACUGCAGUGGCAAUGUUGAUCCCUUGGAGGCUGGCCACUGUGACUCUGUCACAGGGGAAUGCCUGAAGUGCUUGUGGAACACAGACGGUGCCCAUUGUGAGAGGUGUGCAGAUGGCUUCUAUGGAGAUGCCGUGACUGCCAAAAACUGCCGAGCCUGUAACUGCCACGAGAAUGGCUCCCUUUCUGGCGUCUGCCAUCUGGAGACUGGACUGUGUGACUGCAAACCUCACGUGACAGGACAGCAGUGUGACCAGUGCCUGUCUGGCUACUACGGGUUGGACACAGGGCUUGGCUGUGUGCCCUGUAACUGCAGUGUGGAAGGCUCCGUAUCUGACAACUGCACAGAGGAAGGACAGUGUCACUGUGCACCAGGUGUCUCUGGGAAACAGUGUGACAGGUGUUCACACGGUUUCUAUGCAUUCCAGGAUGGCGGCUGCACACCCUGUGACUGUGCUCAUACCCAGAAUAACUGUGACCCCGCCUCUGGAGAGUGUCUCUGCCCGCCUCACACGCAGGGGCUGAAGUGUGAGGAAUGUGAAGAGGCAUACUGGGGUCUGGACCCGGAGCAGGGAUGCCAGGCUUGCAAUUGCAGUGCUGUGGGAUCCACGAGUACCCAGUGUGAUGUUCUCUCUGGCCACUGCCCCUGCAAAAAAGGGUUUGGUGGGCAGAGCUGCCAUCAGUGCUCCUUAGGCUACAGAAGUUUUCCUGACUGUGUCCCCUGUGGCUGUGACCUGAGGGGGACACUGCCUGACACCUGUGACCUGGAACAGGGUCUCUGCAGCUGCUCAGAGGACGGUGGUACCUGCUCAUGCAAGGAGAAUGUCGUGGGCCCCCAGUGCAGUAAGUGCCAAGCUGGCACCUUUGCCUUGCGAGGGGACAACCCGCAAGGCUGCAGCCCCUGCUUCUGCUUCGGUCUGUCGCAGCUCUGCUCAGAGUUGGAGGGUUACGUGAGGACUCCAAUAACUCUAGCCCCCAAUCAGCCCCUCCUGCAUGUGGUUUCACAGAGCAACCUCAAGGGCACAAUUGAAGGCGUGCAUUUCCAGCCUCCUGACACCUUGCUGGAUGCAGAGGCUGUCCGCCAGCACCUCUAUGCAGAGCCAUUUUACUGGCGGCUACCAAAGCAGUUCCAGGGAGACCAGCUCUUGGCCUAUGGUGGGAAACUCCAGUACAGUGUGGCUUUCUACUCUACACUUGGCACCGGAACAUCCAAUUAUGAGCCUCAAGUCCUCAUCAAAGGAGGUCGGGCCAGGAAGCACGUCAUUUAUAUGGAUGCCCCAGCACCUGAGAAUGGAGUGAGACAGGAUUACGAAGUGCGGAUGAAAGAGGAAUUCUGGAAAUAUUUUAACUCUGUGUCUGAGAAACACGUCACACACUCUGAUUUUAUGUCUGUUCUCAGCAAUAUUGACUACAUCCUCAUCAAAGCAUCAUACGGCCAGGGACUGCAGCAGAGCAGAAUUGCCAACAUUUCCAUGGAGGUUGGCAGGAAAGCUGUCGAGCUGCCCGCUGAGGGCGAGGCGGCGUUGCUGUUGGAGCUCUGUGUCUGUCCUCCUGGCACCGCAGGACACUCCUGUCAGGACUGUGCUCCUGGGUACUACAGAGAGAAGCUCCCAGAAAGUGGUGGCAGGGGACCCCGCCCUCUGCUGGGUCCUUGUGUGCCCUGCAGUUGCAACAACCACAGCGAUGUCUGUGACCCCGAAACUGGAAAGUGUCUGAGCUGCAGGGACCACACAUCCGGGGACCACUGUGAUCUGUGUGCUUCUGGCUACUAUGGGAAGGUGACUGGACUGCCUGGAGAUUGUACCCCAUGCACCUGUCCUCAUCACCCUCCUUUCAGUUUCAGCCCCACUUGUGUCGUGGAAGGUGACAGUGAUUUCCGGUGCAAUGCCUGCCUCCCUGGCUAUGAAGGACAGUACUGUGAAAGGUGCUCUGCAGGUUAUCACGGCAACCCUCGAGCAGCAGGUGGUAGCUGCCAAACGUGUGAUUGCAACCCCCAAGGCUCUGUCCACAGUGACUGUGACCGUGCAUCUGGGCAGUGUGUCUGCAAGCCAGGAGCUACAGGGCUCCACUGCGAGAAAUGCCUGCCGAGACACAUCCUGAUGGAGAGCGACUGUGUUUCCUGUGAUGAUGACUGUGUGGGUCCUUUGCUGAACGACCUGGAUUCUGUUGGUGAUGCCGUUCUGUCUCUGAACCUCACGGGUGUUUCCCCUGCUCCCUAUGGAAUCCUGGAAAAUCUGGAAAAUACAACUAAAUAUUUCCAGAGGUAUUUAUUAAUGGAAAAUGCCAAGAAGAUUCGAGCAGAGAUCCAGCUCGAAGGGAUUGCAGAGCAAACAGAAAAUCUACAAAAGGAGCUCACCAGCGUGUUAGCACGCCAUCAGAAGGUGAACGCCGAAAUGGAAAGAACUUCCAACGGGACUCAAGCCCUGGCCACGUUCAUUGAGCAGCUACAUGCAAACAUCAAAGAAAUCACAGAAAAGGUGGCAACGUUGAAUCAGACGGUGCGUAAAGAUUUCCAGCCACCCGUGUCUGCCCUUCAGAGCAUGCACCAGAACAUUUCGUCUCUGCUGGGACUCAUCAAGGAAAGGAAUUUCACAGAGAUGCAGCAGAAUGCUACCCUUGAGCUCAAGGCUGCUAAAGACUUAUUGUCACGGAUUCAGAAAAGGUUUCAGAAGCCUCAGGAAAAGUUGAAGGCAUUGAAGGAGGCCAACAGCCUCCUUUCCAACCACAGUGAGCAACUGCAGGCUGCAGAGGAGCUCCUUAAGGAAGCUGGAAGCAAGACCCAGGAGAGCAACCUCCUGCUGCUCCUCGUCAAGGCCAACCUGAAAGAAUUCCGGGAGAAAAAGCUGCGUGUUCAAGAAGAACAAAAUGUGACCUCAGAGCUCAUUGCCAAGGGUAGAGAAUGGGUGGAUGCUGCCGGGACUCACACAGCUGCUGCACAAGACACCCUAACACAGCUGGAGCAUCACCGAGAUGAACUCCUUCUGUGGGCCAGCAAAAUCAGGAGCCACGUAGAUGACCUCGUCAUGCAGAUGUCCAAACGAAGAGCCCGUGACCUGGUCCACAGGGCAGAGCAGCAUGCUUCUGAGCUGCAGAGCAGGGCAGGAGCUUUGGACAGAGACCUUGAAAAUGUUAGAAACGUGUCUUUGAAUGCCACCAGUGCGGCACACGUCCACAGCAACAUCCAGACACUGACAGAGGAAGCAGAGACGCUGGCUGCUGAUGCUCACAAGAUGGCAAAUCAGACAGACUUGAUCUCUGAAUCCCUGGCUUCUCGGGGGAAAGCAGUCCUUCAGCGCUCGUCCCGGUUUCUAAAGGAAAGCGUGGGUACCAGGAGGAAGCAGCAAGGCAUUAAGUUGAAGCUGGAUGAGUUGAAAAACUUGACGAGUCAAUUUCAGGAGAGCAUGGAUAACAUUACGAAGCAGGCCAACGACUCCCUUGCGAUACUUAGAGAAAGUCCUGGAGGUAUGAGAGAGAAGGGCAGGAAAGCCAGAGAGCUGGCAGCAGCAGCCAACGAGAGUGCGGUGAAGACACUGGAGGAUGUGCUGGCUUUGAGCCUGAGGGUCUUCAACACAUCAGAGGACCUGUCCAGAGUGAAUGCCACAGUCCAGGAGACAAACGACCUUCUGCAUAACUCCACGAUGACCACUCUGUUGGCUGGAAGAAAAAUGAAAGACAUGGAAAUGCAAGCCAACCUUUUAUUGGAUCGAUUGAAACCUUUGAAAACCCUGGAGGAGAACCUGAGCAAAAACCUGUCAGAGAUCAAGCUGCUGAUCAGCCGGGCCCGGAAACAAGCGGCGUCGAUCAAAGUUGCAGUGUCUGCAGACAGAGACUGCGUCCGCGCCUAUCAGCCUCAGACUUCAUCUACCAAUUAUAACACCUUGAUCCUGAACGUGAAGACGCAGGAGCCCGACAACCUUCUCUUCUACCUCGGCAGCAGCAGCAGUUCUGACUUUCUCGCAGUGGAGAUGCGGCGGGGGAAGGUAGCCUUUCUCUGGGACCUGGGCUCCGGGUCCACGAGGUUGGAAUUCCCAGAGGUCUCCAUCAAUAACAACCGAUGGCACAGCAUCUACAUAACCAGGUUUGGAAACAUGGGGUCCCUGAGUGUAAAGGAAGCAAGCGCUGCCGAGAACCCACCGGUCAGGACAAGCAAAUCUCCUGGACCGUCGAAGGUUCUGGACAUAAACAAUUCAACGCUGAUGUUUGUUGGAGGGCUCGGAGGUCAGAUCAAGAAAUCCCCGGCUGUGAAGGUUACCCAUUUUAAGGGCUGCAUGGGAGAGGCCUUCUUGAAUGGCAAAUCGAUUGGCCUGUGGAAUUACAUCGAGAGAGAGGGGAAGUGCAAUGGCUGCUUUGGAAGCUCCCAGAACGAAGAUUCCUCCUUCCAUUUUGAUGGAAGCGGGUACGCCGUGGUGGAGAAGACGCUCCGGCCCACCGUGACGCAGAUAAUAAUCCUCUUCAGCACCUUCUCCCCGAAUGGCCUUCUUUUCUACCUGGCUUCAAAUGGCACCAAGGACUUCCUGUCCAUUGAGCUGGUCCGUGGCAGGGUCAAAGUGAUGGUGGACCUAGGGUCAGGACCCCUCACUCUUAUGACAGACAGGCGGUAUAACAAUGGAACCUGGUAUAAAAUCGCCUUCCAGCGGAACCGGAAGCAAGGACUGCUGGCUGUCUUCGAUGCAUAUGACAGCAGUGACAAGGAGACAAAGCAAGGAGAGACUCCAGGAGCUGCUUCCGACCUCAAUCGGCUGGAGAAAGACCUGAUUUACGUGGGUGGAUUGCCUCAUUCUAAGGCUGUGAGGAAAGGGGUCAGCAGCAGAAGCUAUGUGGGCUGCAUCAAGAACCUGGAGAUAUCCAGGUCCACCUUUGAUUUGCUGAGAAAUUCCUACGGAGUCAGAAAAGGCUGCGCACUGGAGCCUAUCCAGAGUGUGAGUUUCCUGAGAGGCGGCUAUGUGGAGAUGCCACCCAAGUCUCUCUCACCUGAGUCAUCCUUGCUGGCCACAUUCGCCACCAAGAACAGCAGCGGAAUCCUCCUGGUUGCCCUGGGCAAGGAUGCAGAGGAGUCUGGUGGGGCUCAGGCACAUGUGCCCUUCUUUUCCAUCAUGCUGAUUGAGGGACGAAUUGAAGUGCAUGUCAAUUCUGGGGACGGGACCAGUCUGAGGAAGGCCCUCCUGCAUGCCCCCACCGGCUCCUACAGUGAUGGACAGGAACACUCCAUCUCCCUGGUUAGGAAUCGGAGAGUUAUCACCAUACAACUGGAUGAGAACAGUCCUGUAGAAAUGAAGUUGGGUCCACUAACAGAAGGAAAGACGAUCAACAUAUCCAACCUGUACAUAGGGGGACUUCCGGAGGACAAGGGGACCCCGAUGCUCAAGAUGCGGACUUCGUUCCACGGGUGUAUUAAAAACGUGGUCCUUGACACUCAACUUUUGGACUUCACUCAUGCGACUGGCUCUGAGCAAGUAGAGCUGGACACAUGCUUGCUGGUCGAAGAGCCCAUGCAGAGUCUGCACAGAGAACACGGGGAACUCCCUCCAGAACCCCCAACUUUACCACAGCCUGAACUGUGCGCAGUAGACACGGCUCCGGGGUAUGUGGCAGGUGCUCACCAGUUCGGCCUCUCGCAGAACAGCCACAUGGUGCUCCCUCUGAAUCAGUCUGAUGUCCGGAAGAGGCUCCAGGUGCAGCUGAGCAUUCGGACAUUUGCCUCCAGUGGCCUCAUUUACUACGUGGCUCAUCAGAACCAAAUGGACUACGCCACGCUCCAGCUCCAAGAGGGCCGCCUGCACUUCAUGUUUGAUCUCGGCAAGGGCCGGACCAAGGUCUCCCACCCUGCCCUGCUCAGCGAUGGCAAGUGGCAUACAGUCAAGACAGAAUACAUUAAAAGGAAGGCGUUCAUGACUGUUGAUGGCCAAGAGUCCCCCAGUGUGACUGUGGUGGGCAAUGCAACCACGCUGGAUGUGGAAAGGAAGCUGUACCUCGGAGGCCUUCCCAGCCACUACAGGGCCAGGAACAUCGGGACUAUCACCCACAGCAUCCCUGCCUGCAUUGGGGAAAUGAUGGUUAAUGGCCAACAACUGGAUAAAGACAGACCCUUGUCUGCCUCUGCUGUGGACAGGUGCUAUGUCGUGGCCCAGGAAGGAACUUUCUUUGAAGGAAGCGGAUAUGCAGCUCUUGUCAAGGAAGGCUACAAAGUUCGAUUGGAUUUAAAUAUCACACUGGAGUUCCGUACUUCCUCUAAGAAUGGCGUCCUCCUGGGGAUCAGCAGUGCCAAAGUGGAUGCCAUUGGCCUAGAGAUUGUAGAUGGCAAGGUCUUGUUUCACGUCAACAACGGUGCUGGAAGGAUAACAGCCACCUACCAGCCCAGAGCUGCCAGAGCUCUCUGUGACGGCAAGUGGCACACACUCCAAGCCCACAAAAGCAAGCAUCGCAUCGUCCUGACCGUGGAUGGGAACGCCAUUAGGGCGGAAAGCCCCCACACCCAUUCCACCUCGGCAGACACCAAUGACCCCAUUUAUGUGGGUGGCUACCCUGCCCACGUCAAACAGAACUGCCUGAGCAGCCGGGCCUCAUUUCGGGGCUGUGUGAGGAACCUCAGGCUGAGCAGGGGCUCACAAGUGCAGUCCUUGGACCUGAGCAGAGCCUUUGACCUACAAGGAGUCUUCCCUCAUUCCUGCCCUGGGCCUGAGCCCUAAACUGCCGCCAGCCUCUGCCCUUGGGAUCAUCAUCAACGCGUGGAGGAGAGCAGUUUGUGAACUCAAGCAGCUCCCAUUGCCAUCCCAUUGCCAUCUCAGGUUAUGUUUCCAGAGGAAAAUGCUGUAUUUAUGUUGAACUAAAGCCACACGGACAACAGAUACCUCUAUUAAACGGUUUAAAAUGUCA